UCUGGUAUAAUACACAUCUCAGUUGAAUUGUAACAAUUUAACCACGUCAGUUGCAGAGGGUUAAUAGUAGUGAAAGGAUUUACGGAAGUGAUUAUUUUAAUAGUGUGAGUGCUGCCACUGAGGUCAGAUACAUAAAGGUGACACAAGAGAGUAAGAAAAAAUGCACAUAAAACCAAUGUUAGCGGUGCCUGUUUGUCUAGUAGCUGUCUUCGUGUUCUGGAUAACUGGAUCCAGUGCUUGGUCAGACUGUGCGAGAAGUUAUCACUGCGCUAAAAGAAUCAUAGAGGGCUAUUUGCAGAGGUUCGGGAAGGACUGCAAUGGAGAUGGCGUAACAAACUGCUAUGACUAUAUGAUGGUGAAUGGUAAUGGUGGCUAUGGAUGUACAGCUCCCUUGAACAGGUCAGAAAAUGGAAGAAAAUGGCUCCGAAGAUACGAAGAAUGCCGGCUAUAAAAUAAAGAAACAACAAAUAAGAUCUGAGCGAUAUAAUUCUUAAUCUUUCUGUGAGAAUCCAAGUCUUGAUCUACUUAUAAUAGGGUAGUUGCCAGGGAAUGAAAAUUAAAAAUCGAAUUAGACCGUCAGUUAGAUAAUAAAAAAA